AUGUUGGAUUGUAUACAUGCUGGUGCUACGGAUUAUUUAUUAAAACCAUUAUAUCCAAACGUCAUCAAAACUCUAUUUCUCAAACUGCAUGCUUCUCAAGCACCAAUUACAACCAGAAUCAGUGACAAAAAGACCGUGCAAAAGGACUUGCAUGACAGAAUUAACGACAUGUCUUCCAAAGACCUUCACUUAACAAAGAUCAUGAUGGACGUGUAUGGUUCACCUGCCACUUCACGCACUUACCCAACACUAACAAAGAAGCGUUCAUCCGAACUGAAAUCCAAAGUAUGUAGUUGGGACUUUAGUCCCUUUGGACUAUCUGAAUCUGAACUUGUUCAUUGUGUCUAUCUUGUGUUUGAUCAAGUUUUAAAACUACCCGAACUCUAUCACAUCUCUAUCACACAAGCACAAUUGUACGACUUUAUCUUGGAUCUGGCAAGUGUAUAUCAUGACGAAAAUCCCUAUCAUAAUUUCGCGCAUGCUGUAGACGUCUUACAAUGUCUAUUUUACAUGCUGUGUGAAUUGGGCGUAUUACCUUUUACAAACAAGUUCUUGCAAAGAAACAAACCUCAGGCUUUAUUAAGGCCCAAAGACGUCUUUGCCUUGCUUAUCGCUGCCAUCGGUCAUGACGCUGCUCAUCCUGGUGUGAACAACAUGUUUCUCAUUAAUUCAGCAAACCCACUCGCUACAUUAUACAAUGACCGAUCUGUAUUAGAAAGUCUACAUUCCGUCACAUUAUUUCAACUUUUAAACAAGCAUGGUAUCGACCGAUUGGUGGGUGAUCCUAAAUCAGAUGCAUACAAAGACUUUAGAAAGACGGUCGUGUCGAGUAUCUUAGCAACAGACAUGUCAUUACAUAACGAAUACGUGACAAAGAUUCAACAACAAGCGAUGCGAUUCUCCAGCCCAUCCACCACACUAAAGAAUGACGAAGCCGAAGAGCGACAAUUAAUAUGCAGUGCACUGAUUAAAUGUGCGGAUAUCAGCAAUGUGGCACGACCCUUUCACUGGAGUACACAAUGGGCUGAGCUCCUGGUGAAGGAGUUUAUUAAUCAAGGUGAUCUGGAAAAGGAAUUAGGGAUGCCUGUUUUACCUAUGAACGAUCGAUCGAAAGUAGUGUUGGAAGAUUCACAAAUUGGAUUUAUACGCUUCGUGGCAUUGGGAUUAUUUCAAAAUGUCAGUAAAGUAUUGGCCGAAAUUUCAUUUGCUGUCGAUCAAAUGCAAAUCAAUCUAAGCCGUUGGGAAAGUCAAAAGAAACAAGAACAGAAUGAAGAAGAGUUUGAAAUCAUUUCCAAUUCUAGUACAACAAAAAUGAUGAUGGUAGAGACAGGUGUUAAAAGAUCAGGCAGUGCCUUGGAUCAUCCUACAAAGCGUGUUUCUUUAGAAAAAUUCGCGGCCUCUCAUACAGUGGAUGAAUACGAGAGUGAUACACCUGCUUACUGUCAAUGUACUAUACAAUAA